GUCUUGAAGUUUUGGCAGGAAUACUCCCUUUGAAAGAUCGAUUCAAUCUACUAUCACUUCGGUUCCUCAUCAGGUGUGAGGUCAUGAACCCACUGGUGAUUGUAAAUUUUGACAGGCUACUUGAGCAAAAUUUUCAAACCAGGUUUAUGUCUAUAUACCAUGUCCUCAUGUCAAUGCAGGUAAACCCUUCUUCAUUCUCUCCAACUCGUGUUUGUAGCCCAGACUACGAUCAUUCUUCUGUCCAGUUUGAUUUGUCUAUGCAGCAGGAAAUUUGUGGAAUCCCGGUCCCUCAUCGUUCCCUUCUGAUUCCAAGAAUUUUCGAAGCUAAAUAUAGACACGUCGAUGCUGAUAAAAUGUACUUUACUGAUGGAUCACUUAUAGAGGAAUCAACAGGAUUUGGAGUGUUCAACGAAAUAUCUAGCGCCUCUUACAGCCUCGAGUCACCAUGCUCUGUGUAUAUAGCAGAGUUAGCAGCUAUUCAUUGUGCUUUGGACAGUAUAGCUUCAAGGCCAGUUGGGCACUACUUUAUUGUAACGGAUAGUCUGAGUUCUGUUCAAGCAAUCCACUCAAUAAAACCGGGAAAGCACUCGCCAUACUUCUUCGAGAAGAUACGGGAUAGUUUGAGUGCUUUAUCAAAACGUCGCUUUAUCAUCACCUUUGUUUGGGUUCCCUCUCAUUGCUCGAUAGAGGGUAAUGAGAAGGCAGACUCUCUGGCAAAGGUGGGGGCGAUGGAAGGCGACACGUACCAGCGUGAAAUUGCCUUCAACGAAUUUUACUUUUUAGUUCGAAGAAACUCUCUUGUCAACUGGCAGCGCAAAUGGGACGAGGAUGAGUUGGGUCGGUGGCUGCACUCGAUUAUCCCAAGGGUAAGCCUUAAACCAUGGUUUAAUAGAUUGGACCUGAGUCGAGAUUUUAUUCGUAUAUUUUCCCGUCUCAUGUCCAAUCAUUAUUCCUUAGACGCGGUACUCUAUCGUUUGAAUAUUGCUAGCAGCAAUUUGUGUAGUUGCGGCCAAGGUUACCAUGACAUCGAGCAUAUUGUUUGGUCGUGCGAGGUCCAUCUUGUCGCCAGAACGAAUUUCAUAGACUCCCUUCGGGCCCGAGGAAAACCACCCUAUGUUCCAGUGAGAGAUGUGCUGGGGUGAACUAGAUAUAAGCACACAAUUGUUAUCAAACAAAACG